AUGGCUUCUCAAAGUCAGAGACCCGAUAUCGGAUUGCGCAUCGAUAUCAUAUAUCAACCCGACGAUAUCAUUCGGGCUUUUGACUGCGUUUGCGAGGCAUUUGGUCGUCAAGUGCAAGAUGGAAUCUGGAUAGCCAUGAAUCCAGGAUGGGACACACCCCAGGGGAGGGCAUGUGGAGCCGAGAGGAUGGUCGCCCGUUGGCGCCACAAGACCAAUGACAAAAAUGGUCUCCCGAACACUAUAUUUCUCAAGGCUACGCUGCCAUGUUCGCAGUUUGAAGAGAGGCGUGUCAUUGUGGGCUUCGGUAUUUGGGUGCAAGCUUCCAACGUAGAGGGCCAUGGUGAUCCUCCAGUGGAAGAUCUAGCCAAUUCGAUAGACCUCAAUGCGCUGUACCCCGACAAUGAGCCUGAACAACGUUACCUCUGUCAAGUGAUUUCCUCUCUGCAUAGAAGACGCACCGAGGUAAUCAAACAGAAAGCCACUGCAGUACCGCCAGCGGUUAUGAUCCUAGACAUGUGCGCCGUCGACCCGGCUCAUCAACGCAAAGGCAUCGCAAGAGAGCUUGUACAGUGGGGCAUCGAUGAAGCACAACGACGUGGAGACCUGGAAGCCAUAACCGAAGCGUCCAGUAUGGGUCGACAUGUGUAUGGACAGAUGGGGUUCCAAGCGGACGGCCCUGAGAUCGAAUAUGUUGUGGACGAGGAAUUUGCUUCUCGCGAAAAACCACCCAACCUGUUUAUGCGCACCCAUGCGAGCGUGGUUUGA